GCUCGCCUGGGCUCCCCCUCGCCCCUCCCCCCCUGUGUAUGAUGUAUUAAGCGAAAGUGACUUGGGAUUGACGAAUCGGCCUCUUGUUCAUUGAGAAACAAGAGAGAGAGAGAAGAGCAAACAGCGACAAGGAAAUCAGCGUGUGUGAUUGCAAAGGAAAAGGGGAAAGAGAGAAAGAGAGAAGCCCUCGCCCCGUCUGGAAAAAAGGGACUUUUAGACACACGCACGCACACAUUUGUGGCUUGUUUUCUUUGCUAUUUAUUAUCAGCCAUCCCUGCGGAGAAGACAGAAGGAGGCAGGGGGAAAAAAGCAACUUGCUGUGGAUUGUCUGUUUUCUUCUUUUCUUUUUGCUCGUUUCAAUGAUUCUCGCUCGCAACCUGGACUCGAAGAUUUCAGAUGUGUUCUAAGCUUCCUGGAGUGAUCACUCUUCUGGGUACUGAUGGAGACGAGAGCUCAGAAUGGCAGCGGGUCACAGCCUUUGCUACAGAGUCAGCAUGACAGCGGGAGGCAGUAUGGAGAACCUGACCUAAGGGAUGUCCUGGCGCAACAGGUUCACGUCUUGUCCUUGGACCAGAUCAAGGCCAUCCGAAAUACAAACGAAUACACGGAACCACCUACGGUGGCUCCGCGGCCUGGGGUGAAGCCAGCGCCACGCCUGCCUCUACAGCACAAGAGCGAAAGGGCCAAUGGGUUGACUGAUCACCUUAGCAGGGUCCAACAUCCCCAGGUCCAUGUAUCUUCCCGGUUACCACUGUCCCGUUCCAUUAGUAUGGUCAGCACCGGCUCGCGGGCCAGUACCCGGACCAGUACGAGUAGUAACUCAUCGGAACAGAGACUUUUGGGGUCGUCUUUGGGGACAGUUGCGGACGGGAUAGUCAGAGUGCAGCCCAAGUCCGAGCUGAAGUCCAGCGAACUCAAGCCCCCUAGCAAGGAAGAUCUGCACCUGCAUGCCUACAGGUGUGAGGACUGUGGCAAAUGCAAGUGCAAGGAGUGUACUUACCCGCGAACUCUUCCCUCCUGUUGGAUCUGUGACAAGCAGUGCCUUUGCUCGGCCCAGAACGUGGUCGACUAUGGGACUUGCGUCUGCUGCGUCAAAGGCCUCUUCUACCACUGCUCCAACGACGACGAGGACAACUGCGCCGACAACCCUUGUUCUUGUAGCCAGUCCCAUUGCUGCACUCGGUGGUCCACCAUGGGCGUCGUGUCCCUCGUUCUGCCUUGCCUGUGGUGUUACCUGCCAGCCAAGGGCUGCCUUAAGUUGUGCCAGGGCUGCUACGACCAGGUGAACCGGCCCGGCUGCCGCUGUAAGCACUCCAACACUGUUUGCUGCAAAGUGCCCAACGUGCCCCCCAGGAACUUCGAGAAGCUGACAUAGCAUCGCUCCUCGGGAGUACGGCGAAAUAAUACGGAUUAUUCCUUUUUAACAUAUGCAGCCAACUAAACGAGCUAUAAUUGUGGCACUGUGUCUUAGGAGGAUUUGGGGGUGGGGGUGCCCUGAAGUUUGCGGUGACCUGCUUUUCCCCUUGUGUGUUUGCGUGGGCCAACUUAAUGGAUACCUGCCGGUUCUAGUCCACCUAAUGGAGAGGAGAAGGGAGAGAUGCUCCGCGGGAACCGACUAUUGCAUAAGCUAACGCAACUUGAGACACUCCUAGGCGAUCUGUCGUGUUGUACAUGUAUGGGUUCUCUCCCCCC